AUGGUCUUUGGUGGCAAUUCAAGCUUUGCCAUCCUAGGUAGUCUUCCCAAUCCCAAUCCGGAUGACAGAGAUGAUAAUUUAAUAGUUUUUACUUUUGAAAACUUGGAGGACCUCACUAGAGUGUUGGAAAACUCCCCUUGGAACAUUAAGGGUUCUCCUCUGUUCCUAAAGAAGUGGUCACAUGAAGAUGCCAUUGAAGAUUUGGAUUUCUUAAAAGCUGCGUACUGGGUGCAAAUCCAUAAUCUUCCUUUGGAUUUGGUAACUGUUGAGAAUGCUAAUGAUAAUUUGAAGCCUUCUAGAAAAAGCUUCCUGAGGAUACGGGUUCUUCUAAAUCUCCUCAAUCCUUUGGUACCUGGUUUCACACAUCAUAGACCUCCGAAAGCUCCUCUCUGGGUGCAGUACAAAUAUGAGAGGCUUUCUGACUACUGCUAUACUUGUGGAAGAUUAGGGCACCUCUCUUUUUCUUGCCCUGUGGAUCCUAAACCUCCUGAUCAUGGCAGAUAUGGUGACAAGUUGAAAGCAAGUCCUCCAAAUACCAAUAGGGUUGUUCAGCUCAUUCAACCUAGGAGGCAGAUGUCUGUGAUUGAAGGUUCUAAUGAGCUUGCUAUCGUCCCUGUUCCAAACCAGCCUUCCACUGAGUCAACCCAUUUCUCUACCCCGGGUCAUCCUCACCAAACCCACCAAGACCAUUCCACCUCCUCCCGCUCUUUUCCCAAUCCCCAAGAGUUCCUCUUCAGAAAAUUCUUUGGCAGCCGGGGUGGCGGGCUUCAAUCUGCCCCCACCAGCUCAAUGAAGGUUUUAGCUUGGAAUUGUCGGGGUUUAGCUCGUGGCCCGACAAUUCGUGCUCUCCGAGCUUUGAUCAGAACUCAUCAUCCUGAUCUCAUCUUUCUCUUUGAAACCAAAAUUCCCUCUUUUCAUUUUCGCACCUCUUUGUUUGGUUUGGGUUUCUCAAAGUGGUUGGAAGUUCCUCCAGUUGGUUCUCAAGGGGGGCUUUUUUUGUCUUGGAAGGAUGAUGUGGACGUUGAACCGGUCAGACUUGACAAGAAUUGUAUUUCUUGUAUUGUGUACUCGGAUCCUCUGCAUAGGCCUUGGUUGUUCUCUGGUGUGUAUGUUCCUCAUACCAGUCAGAGACGUUCAGAAUUUUGGCCUCUCUUGGCUAGGUUGGAGAAGAGUGGAAGCCGUGCUUUUGGUUCUUCUUCUCACGGUGAUUUUGUAGACUUUGUUCACUCAAAUGCUCUGGUGGACCUUGGUUUUGUUGGCAACAGAUUUACUUGGAGUAAUUGUAGGAUGGGAAGGGCAAAUAUUCGUGAAAGACUGGAUAGGGGGCUGGCAAACCAGAGUUGGGUUCAUCUUUUCCCAAACUCUUUGAUUAAUCACUUCCUAGCAACCCAAUCAGAUCAUUGCCCUCUUUUGAUAUCUACUUCUAGUACUUAUCGUAAUCUUCCUAAACCUUUUCGGUUUGAGGCUUUUUGGACUAAGGAUAAGUCUAGUCAUGGGGUUGUGGCAGAAGCUUGGUUGGGUGAGGUGGAAGGUUCCCUGGCUUUUUCCUUGAGUAGAAAAUGGAAGAAUACAAAGAAUGCCUUGAAAAAUUGGAAUCAUCACCAUUUUGGCCACAUUCAACACAAGAUUAAAUCACUGAUGGCUGAUAUCAGUGUGAUCCAAUCUAUUCCACACUUUGUUGGUAAUGCGGCCACAGAGCAGGUUCUUCAGGAAGACUUGCAAGAACAGCUUUUGAGGGAGGAAGUCCUGUGGAAGCAAAAGUCUAGAGAGUUGUGGCUUACCUGUACUGACCUCAACACGAAGUUUUUUCAUGCCUCUACGGUGUGCUGUCGCAGGUAUAAUUCUGUUUCUAGUCUCAAAACUAUAGAAGGUAUUACUAUUGUUGGUAGAGAGAAUAUUGGCAAUUAUUUGGUGCAGCACAUCAGUAACCAAUUUACUACUACUAAUCCUAAUUUAGAUAGUAGUCUCUCUGACUUGGUUGAUAAGGUGGUCACAGAUGAGGAGAAUGUAAGUCUUUGUGUAAUUCUUGAUGAGUAUGAGAUUUUCUCAGCAAUUUCUAAUCUUGGCCUUAAUAAGGCUCCGGGUCCUGAUGGCAUGACUGUUCUUUUCAGCAAAAAUUGCCAUGUCAGCUCCAAAGCUUCUAUCAAUGAGAUCCUCAACUUGGCACGAAUUCCAGCCCGUGCUAAGUACCUUGGUAUCCCUCUCUUCAUGCAUAGAAAUAAGCAGGAUUCUUUUGUUGAGCUCAAGGACAGGAUUUUUGCUAAAAUCUCAGGUUGGAGAGCUAGACUUUUAUCUCAAGCAGCCAGAACCACUUUGAUUAAGUUAGUGGCUAAUGCUAUUCCAACUUAUCUUAUGUCUUUAUUCCUCCUUCCGAAGGCUUGGUGUUCGGCUAUCAAUUCUGGCCUUAGGAAGUUUUGGUGGGGCUAUCCACAAGAAAAGAAUUGA